ACGCAACAACCGCUCUCUACAUCGCCAUAUUGGUAACAACACAAAAAAUAUUGUGCCGCACACCUUUAUAAACAAUUUUUUAACGCUGAUUUUGUUUAUUCUCAAUCGGAACGUCGUUACGAAAUCAUCUUCUUCUUCUUUCAGAUUUUUUUUUUUUGCAUUUAUUUCGGCAUCGCGAUCAGUGAAACUCAUCAGAACCAGAAAUACUCAUAUUUCGUGUGAUAAAUUAGAAAAGAUAAAAAUUUCAAAGAGAGACAGAGAGAAACUUUUUUUUUUUGGCAAAAAUUAAAAAAAAAAGUAGAUUAUAAAAAAAAGAAAAGAUCAAAGUGAAUAUGUGGCAGUUUGGAUUAUUAUGUCUCUUUAUAGCUGGAUCAAGUGCCGAUCCAGCAUACUCCUCAUCGGGCGCAUCUGCUGGCUCGUACAGCAGCAGCACCGGUAACCGUGGCGGAACAGGUCUUUAUUCAUCUAAUUAUGUUGGAACCGGAAAUUAUGGUCCAAGUUAUCCCUAUCUAGGUGGCACAUAUACCUACGUUGGCGGAGGUCCUGCCUUUGGCUUUGUGCCAUUCGGCUUUGGUCCCGAUCCAUACCAAUUCCAGGCCUUUAUCCAAAACCAAUUCAAUCAAUUGCAACACCAAUUCAACAAAGUUGCAAGCUUGUAUAACGAGCAAUUUGCCCAUCAACAAGCCCUCUUGAAUAAUUUGCAACAACAAAGCAAUAUCCAACCGGGCGAAACGGUCGUCUAUACCAACUAUCCUGCUGAAGUUGUGACGACGGCAGAUCGCGUUGGCGGCACAACUUCCCAUAAAAAACCCUCGACUAAUAGUUAUGCUCCCUCCUAUAGUGGCGCGUCGUAUGGCGCUGCAGCAUCGGGAUCUGUUGGACCGGGCGGCGUUUACCAAAGUGUUUCGACCUAUCCCGGAGGUACUUUGAGCAAUCGGUUUGGCGAUGCACCAACUUCGGUUCAUUAUUCGAGCAGCGGACCAGGCUUCAGUGGAAUUUCCACAUUUGCUUCAUCGGACUCCAGUGGAAAUCGUCAAGCUGUUACUUCCGUCAACAACAACGGAAAAGUCACAACUUAUCAUACAAGAAAUUAAAAAGAGAAAAAUGGAAUUAUGGAAAGGAAUCGAUGGAAUUUUUAAUUUUUUACGCACGUGAUGAUGACUAAAAAUAAAAGAAAAAAAAAUACUAAUUAAUAUUUCGCGUCCAAUUGAAGUUUUUUUUCUACAUAAGAGAUAAUUAACUUUUUAAAUUAUAAUUUUUUACGAGACUUGGGAACAAGUUUGCAGAAAAUGUGACACUUUUUUAUAAAAUUUGUUAUUCGUAUAAGUGA